UGCCCGCAUCUCAAAGCGCGUGUCCGACCAUUGUGCGUGCAAACAGAAGAACACUGCACUGCUGAAAAUCUAACGUCGACGAAGAACCCAAUCAUGGCCUCCGGAGUGACCGUGACGGACGACGUCAUCACCGUCUUCAACGAGAUGAAGGUGCGCAAGGCGGGCUCCACGGAGGAGGAGAAGCGCAUGCGCAAGAAGGCGGUGCUCUUCUGCCUGAGCGACGACAAGAAGAAGAUCGUCCUGGAGGAGGGCCGGGAGAUCCUGCAGGGGGACGAGGGAGACCCCUACUUGAAGUUCGUCAAGAUGCUGCCGCCCGACGACUGCCGCUACGCACUCUACGACGCCACCUACGAGACCAAGGAGACCAAGAAGGAGGACCUGGUCUUCAUCUUCUGGGCGCCAGAGAGUGCUCCCCUGAAGAGUAAGAUGAUCUACGCCAGCUCCAAGGAUGCCAUCAAGAGGAACUUCACAGGCAUCAAGCACGAGUGGCAGGUGAACGGCUUAGAGGACAUCAAGGACCGGAAAACACUGGCGGAGAAGCUGGGUGGCUCCUCUGUAAUCACCGUAGAGGGCGGAGCCUUAUAGAGCCCCUCCCCUCUCUCUCUCAGCACUACACUACACAACCACUCAGCACCACCGAUGACUGGGUCACCAAGAAAACAACAACUACAAAAAAGACAAAACAAACAAACACUGAAGUUUAGAAGAAUCUAAUGGGGGUUGGUCUGGUUGUGCAUUCCAGGGGUUAGGGUUGGGGCUUUGGGGUAAUCAGGGGCACCAGGGUAGGGAUAGGUUGGGGUGAGGAGGUGGGGAGGGUCGGGUGUACGGGAGGAGGGUUGGAUGGGUUAACUGUGUCUACUUUUGACUGCUGGCUGGCAUUCCAGCUCUACCGUUCUCACACUCACCACAACACUACAGAGGAACCAUGAUGGAAAAAAAAACAAACACGCAAAAACAAACAGUGCAUUACUAAAAAAAAACGGAUCAGAAAUCAUACUUGCAUUCUCCAUAUGCUUACACGUUUUAAAUUCCGUACAGAAAUCUGAACUGGGGGCAAGAGACCCGCAUAGCGAUUUUACCAUGUCCACAAUGUUUUUGUCGUUCAUCAGUGUUUUUACUCCCCAAUUUAUAUUGAAGGAGAGAAAACAAACAAGCAAGGAAAUGUCUUAACAUUUUUUAAUCUGGAAAUGAAGGCUGGCAUGGAGAAUGUUGAGAUAUCAGACAGUUAAAUUAAGUAUGAUGGUGGGACCAUGAUAUUACAACAAAUUGUCAAAUGUAAUUCAACACUACUCUUAAUUAUCUACAGGUAAUUCCAUAUAUUUUUGCCAAACUUGUAGGCUUUAAUAUUUUUUUUCUUUUUUUUUGUGUAAAACGUAGGUUUUAAAUUUACAAAUUCUUAAGAACUUUCUCUUUUGUUUGUUCAUUUUUUUUUCUAUAGCUACUAUGUUUCCAUUCCUGUAAAACUUAACUGACAAGAGACCAGCCGUGUCUAUCUGGAGACUGUGUCGUGUCCACAGCCCAGGCCAGACAAGGCAAGACAGUCUUUCUGUCAGACUUGGGCUCAAUGCAUUCCCUUCUGUAAAGAACCAAACACUAGAAUCUCCUGGAAACCGUAAAAGAGAGGAACAGGUCAGUGCAACGAGAAUUUAGGAGCUGUGAUGUGAGAAAGGAGGAACGGCUGUUGUUGAGCUCAUGAGUGGAAGGAUGAAGGAUGAAAAUGGACUGUGAAUGUCUUCUUUUGUCUCUUUAUGUGGAAUAAAAAUGCACUUAAUGUUGUCCUCA